UCUGUUCUCACAGCCAUCUUGACCAUCUCUUCAUACAGACUUGUUGAAGAAGCAGACUCGCAAUCGCGCUCGUGAUUGUAUUCUCUGUUGUCUGUUGGCUACAGUAAUUGUAGAGACUUACUCAUCUACUCUACUCUACUGAUAUAGCGAUGCAGAGCGAAGAUAUCAGCAGCGCGACCGAAGCUGCUGCUGCUGCUUCCUCGCUCGGAAACGGCAACGAAGGUGUGCGGCCAGAGACAACAAUGGCUCGCAAGCGGAGAAAAUGGAAUAUCGGCCUCUUCCUCCUCCUUCUCGUCGUGCUCUUAUGGGUCUCCUCCAGUUUCAUGAUAAACGCCAUCUUCGAAGACGACUCCUACAGAAAACCGUACCUGGUGACGUACCUCUCCACCGCCACGUUCUCCUUCUACCUCCUCAAGCCCUACUUUGACGGCUCGCUCACUUUUGCAAACGAUAAACACAAAAACGUCUACCGGCGCGCAAACUCCGACGAGCACGAGGCUGUCGCGCUGGAAGUUGAGUCUGAUGUUCCGUCUGCGUCUGAUAGCCAGAAUGACUCCCGCAAGAGCACUUCUGCUCCACCAGCCUCUGACGACCACCUCCCAGCAUCUGAAGAGGAGGAAGAAGAGGAACCCCCCGAGAUGCUCACCGUGCGCGAGACAGCCAAGCUCAGUCUGCAAUUCUGCAUCCUCUGGUUCACCGCAAACUACUUUGCCAACGCCUGUCUGAGCUACACCACCGUCGCAUCCGGCACCAUCCUCGCCUGCACUUCCUCGUUCUUCACCCUCCUCAUCGGCUCCCUCUUUGGCGUCGAGCGCUUCUCGCGCCGAAAAGUGCUCGCCAUCGCCGCCAGUCUUACCGGAAUCGUCUUGAUUUCCACCCAAGACUCUGCGUCUGAAGACGAGUCGAACCCGCUCUCGACCACCUCGAUCGUCGUCGGGGACCUCAUGUCCCUCGCCUCCGCCGCAAUCUACGGCCUCUACACCACCUUACUCAAGCUCAAGAUCGGCGACGAGUCCCGUAUAAACAUGCAGAUCUUCUUCGGCUUCGUCGGCGCCUGGAACACCGUCCUUCUCUGGCCGCUCAUAAUCUUCAACCACUUCUCCGGCGCCGAGACGCUCGAGAUGCCGCCCACGAGCUUCGUCUGGCUCGUCCUCUUUGCAAACUCGCUCGUCACUUUCUUUAGCGACUAUCUCUGGAUCGUCACUAUCUUACUUACCUCCCCGCUCGUGGUCACGAUGGGUCUCAGCGGGACGAUUCCGUUGGCGGUCGUGGGCGAUGUCGCGUUUAAUGGGGUGCAUGUCUCGCUGUGGUAUUUGCUGGGGCGAGAUGAGGAGAAGGAGCAUCAUAUUGUGGAGGAGUGAUAGAUUGCAUGGGGUGUUAAUAUAGUUGGAAUUACUUUGGAUGAGAAGCAUGUGUAGAUGUGUGCAGUAAUUUAUGACGACUAAGAUGUUCUACAGCUGUUGUUUGUUCUAAAUAGAGAUGAGAAGGAGCAUUAUAUGUUAAAUACAAGUAGAACUACAAUUGGAUGAGAAGCAUGUGUAGAU